AUGUGUGACAAUAAUAAAUUUUUGGAACGAAAUUAUAAUGAAAACUAUCUAAAAUCAACCCAACCAAUUCCGGGGGAGGAUUUAAAGAAAAUUAAAGAGUUUGUCAAUAAAGAUAAAGAUAUCGAAUAUGAUGAAGAGGAUAUAGCAAACAUAAUGAUAUCAGAAACAGAGGAGGAAAAGCGAUAUAGACAAAAAAGAUUAAGGGAUUUAAAGAAACUAAAUUUUGAUCAACAACAACAGCAACAACAACAACAACAACAAGAGGAUGAUGACGAGGUUUUAUUUGAUGAAAAUGGUCAAGUUUUAAUAAAUACACAAAGAAUGGACGAACCUUUAAAUGAAUUACCAUAUAACGAUAUUUUAUCAAGAACAAACAGUGACCUCUUUUCAAAUUAUAAUAAAAAUAAAAUAUUGGGUUUAAAUACAAUUACAUCAAACUUUGAAGAAAGUUCAUUUUCACCAGAGAAAAUAAGGAAUGAAUGUUUUUUCGAAAUACCACAAAAUUUAAAUAGUAACAGUAACAAUAGUAGUAUGAAUAGUUAUAGUAAUAAUAAUAGUAAUAAUAAUAGUAAUAAUAAUAGUAAUAAUAAUAGUAAUAAUAAUAAUAAUAAUAAUAACAAUAACAAUAAUAGCGGUGUUAUGAAUAAUAGUGGAAAUAAUAGUUUUGAGUUUUUAACUCCUAAUAUUAAAAGAACCAAUACAAGUUUAACAGAUUACAGUAAUAAUAGUAAAACAAGUGUAAAUACAAGUGUAAAUAAUAGUAAUAAUAAUAAUAUAACAGUUUCUCCAACUAAACAAUUAGAAAAAUUAAAUGAUUUAAAUCAAUUUUUAUCAAUGAACAUUAACGAUGUAGCAGCUUCUUCAGUAUCUCCAAUUAAAAGAUUAAAUACCGCCACAUUAUUUAAUAGUUUUUCUUCAAGACAUAAAUCUCAAAUGCUUGAAUACCAAUAUUCCCAAACAGAUUAUCAAGCAAUGCUAAAUGGGGAUCACAAUGAAAAUGAUGAUGGUUUUGAAAUGGAUCAUCCACACCACUCAUCACAACACAUACAACAUACAUACCCACAAGAUAAUCAUAUGGAUGAAGAAGAGGAUGAUGCCAUAGCAAAUGAUUGA